AUGCUGGACAUGAACAUCACUCUUGUCAGGGAGUUCAUCCUGGUGGGUUUCCCCACUGCCCCAUGGCUGCAGGUCCUGCUCUUCUUCCUCUUCCUGGUGGUCUACCUCCUAGUGAUAGCAGAGAAUCUCAUUAUCAUGCUCACCAUCUGGGUCACUGGAUCCCUCCAUAAGCCCAUGUACUAUUUCUUGAGUAGCUUGUCUUUUCUAGAGGUCUGGUACGUCUCUGUCACAGUCCCCAAGAUGCUGGAUGGAUUUCUUCUGCAGAGGCGACGUAUCUCCUUCACAGGCUGCAUGACUCAGCUUUACUUCUUCAUCUCCCUUGCAUGUACAGAGUGUGUGCUCCUGGCAGCCAUGGCCUAUGACCGUUAUGUGGCCAUCUGCCAUCCUCUCCGAUAUCCUGUGAUCAUGACAACAGCUUAUUGUGUGCAGCUGGUGGCCUUCUCUUAUGUGACUGGUUUCAUGAUUACUGUGAUUAAGGUUUAUUUCAUUUCACAUGUCACCUUCUGCGGCUCCAAUGUCAUGAAUCACUUUUUCUGUGACAUCUCCCCAAUCCUCAAGCUGGCAUGCAAGGACUUGUCCACAGCUGAGCUAGUGGACUUUGCUUUGGCAAUUGUCAUCCUUAUCUUCCCUCUCACCACCACUGUUCUCUCUUACAUCUAUAUUGUGUCCACUGUUCUGCAUAUACCCUCUACCCAGGGAAGGAAGAAAGCUUUCUCCACCUGUGCCUCCCACCUGACAGUUGUCAUAAUUUAUUACACUGCCAUGAUUUUCAUGUAUGCCAGACCUAGAGCUAUUGCUUCCUUUAAUUCGAACAAACUAAUCUCAGCUGUGUAUGCAGUUCUCACACCCAUGCUAAACCCUUUCAUCUACUGCCUAAGGAACCAAGAAGUCAAGAAUGCUAUCAAGAAGACCCUGGGGGGAGCUCAGUGCCUCCUGCAAGCUGAUCCCUGA